AAUAUUUAUUCAUAUUCAGACACAGUUCUUCACAAGUUCAAAUUCAUGUUCUCUCUCUCUCUCUUCAUUCGCUGUAGUUGGUUCAUAGAACAAGAGUCCUGGAGUUUCCGCCAUGAAAGAAGAUUACGAGAUUGAAGAGAAAAAGCAAGCUGCAGCUGAUGUAUUGUUCCAAAAUUCCAAGUUUGUGAUGGCAUGCAUUGGAAAUCAAGUCAAGCCUAGUGACUUGAGGUUGCAUUUGAUGAAGGAGAUUUCAGGGAUGUCCACUUCUCUGAAAAAAGAGUCAUCACAGCCACCAGCAGCCUCUGCCUCUCCAGAAGCAAUGGGCGAGUCGUCAAGUUCUGGUACAACUAGACUCGAAAAAGCAGACAGUUUUCGGAACCUUUAGUUUGAAGCAGCUAUCACUCCUCUUCUGUUCAUGUUCUUGUCCGAAUAUGAUCUCUGAUAUUCUUCUUUUUGUUGAUUUUGUUGAAACAUUGGGUUUAUUUUUCCAUGUAGAAUGAAAUGUAGAACAUAAUUUCCAUAGUUUUUGUGCAUUCAUCUGGUUUUUCCCUUCUUAUUA